CAAGCCUCCGUGCCUGGCCUUUCUGAUGUUGCGAGCUGCAACGAGCCUCUGACAAACCGCCCGAGACAGCACGCCCAGCUCGAAAUACACAGCAAGGCGAAACAACGUGCAAAUUAUAAUACCUCGCCAUGGCCGAAGCCAGGGAUGAGGGCAACGCCGUGUCAGAGCCCCUCGACCUCGUUCGCCUGCUACUCGACGAAGUGGUCUGCGUGAAACUGAGAGGGGACCGAGAGCUCAAAGGACGCCUCCAUGCUUACGACAGCCACUGCAACCUCGUGCUCGGUGAUGUUGAAGAGACAAUCUACGUCGUUGACGACGAGGAUGACGAGGACGUCAAGACCGUGAGCAAGAAAUCCGAAAUGCUAUUUGUGAGAGGCGAUAGCGUCGUCCUCAUAUCUCCCCACGCAGCAUCGUUUUGAUUCUUUCGGCGCCGGUCCUGUCAGACACGCACUUGUAAAGCAGACCUGGCCAAAGACAAAUCAGCACCGAAAUAGAGUAGUCACGGCCGAUGGCAGCUUCUACAGGCGCAACCCGGACAAAUGGCAGCGGCAAACCCGGUUCCGUGAUGACAAUCCCUGGUUGGCAUUCAUCGGUGCCUGUAUGCUGAGUCUUCUUAGUCAGAACCUCGAAUGCUACGGAAACAU